GCGAUUCCUCUGGUUUUCGGAGGCCUCACCCUCAUCUUUCAUUUCAUAUUUUCUUCGAGGGCCAGUCUCGGGACCCCCAAACCCUAAUCGUCCCAACCGACCUCGACCGCAAAACAUCACCGAGAAAAAAAAAAUGCAGAAUCACAGGCUGAAGCAGCAACAGCAAGCUUUGAUGCAGCAAGCUCUUCUUCAACAACAGUCUUUGUACCACCCUGGCCUCCUAGCUCCUCCUCAGAUUGAGCCAAUUCCAAGUGGAAAUCUGCCUCCUGGUUUUGAUCCAAGUACUUGCCGCAGUGUGUAUGUUGGAAACAUACAUACACAGGUAACUGAACCGCUUCUGCAAGAGGUUUUUGCAAGUACUGGUCCUGUUGAAGGUUGUAAACUUAUCAGAAAGGAGAAAUCAUCCUAUGGAUUCAUUCAUUACUUUGAUCGAAGAUCAGCUGCUCUUGCCAUAUUAUCUCUCAAUGGAAGGCACCUAUUUGGGCAGCCCAUCAAAGUUAACUGGGCAUAUGCUAGCGGUCAGAGAGAGGAUACAUCAGGUCAUUACAACAUAUUCGUUGGUGAUCUCAGCCCUGAGGUCACUGAUGCUACAUUGUUUGCAUGCUUUUCUGUUUACCCCAGUUGUUCAGAUGCAAGGGUAAUGUGGGAUCAGAAGACUGGGCGCUCUAGAGGGUUUGGUUUUGUUUCAUUUCGUAAUCAACAGGAUGCUCAAAGCGCAAUAAAUGAUUUGACUGGUAAGUGGCUUGGUAGUAGACAGAUACGCUGCAACUGGGCAACUAAAGGUGCUGGUUCUAAUGAAGACAAGCAAAACUCUGACACAAAAAGUGUGGUUGAACUAACAAAUGGCUCAUCUGAAGAUGGUAAAGAGACAACUAACAGUGAUGCUCCAGAGAACAAUCCUCAAUAUACUACUGUCUAUGUGGGCAAUCUUGCUCCAGAGGUUACCCAGCUUGAUCUCCAUCGCCACUUCCAUGCUCUUGGGGCUGGAGUGAUAGAGGAGGUUCGCAUCCAGCGGGAUAAAGGGUUUGGCUUUGUGAGGUAUAGUACUCAUGCUGAAGCAGCUCUGGCUAUCCAGAUCGGAAAUGCCCAGUCUGUUCUCUGUGGAAAACCUAUUAAGUGCUCCUGGGGUAGCAAGCCCACUCCACCGGGAACUGCUUCGAAUCCUCUCCCCCCUCCUGCAGCUGCACCUCUGCCAGGCAUUUCUGCAACUGAUCUUCUGGCGUACGAGAGACAGCUAGCAAUGAGCAAGAUGGGUGGUGUACAUGCCCUUAUGCAUCCCCAAGGACAGCACCAUCUUAAACAGGCGGCGAUUGGAGGAAGCCAGGCAUUGUAUGAUGGUGGGUUUCAGAAUGUUGCUGCUGCCCAACAAAUGAUGUACUACCAGUAAUAUAAAGGCUUCUCAUUCCGCUAUGGUUUAAUGCUAUCUAUAUAUCAUUAUAUCCUGCCUUGUGCACUUCGAUCCGUGUUUAAUGCCUAUCUAGGGAGCACCUUUUUCUUCCUUUUCUCUACGUCUGUGGUGAGGUAGUUACCCCCCACCUUCUUAGAUAUGUUCAACAUUUGUACGGCUUGUAUCAUGUAUGCGGUUUUCUAUGUAGUAGUGAUGAGUGGUUAUGGCUUUUAGAGGGUAUGGCCGUUCUGUUAUUUUCAUUUGAGCCCUUUAUUUCUUCUUCAUUCCCCUUUGGGCUUUGGUGUCUUCACCGGCACUACAUGUAUGUAACAUUGUGCGAUGGUUUCAUCCUCAUGCCAUCACAUGUUAAGAGGCUCUUAUAUGAUAUCUAGUGAAGUCUUGACACAA